AGAACCCUGGAUAAUCUCUGGUUAUGUUCUCUAGAUGUAGUAGGAGAACCCUGGAUAAUCUCUGGUUAUGUUCUUUAGAUGAAGUAAGAGAACCCUGGAUUAUCUCUGGUUAUGUUCUCUAGAUGAAGUAGGAGAACACUGGAUAAUCUCUGGUUUUAUAUGAAUUGUAAACAGGAGUCAAGCAAUGAUUAUACGGACCAACAGUGAUCCACAAAAUUGUGCGUCCAUCAUUGAGACUGGGCCUACAUUGAAGUGACACCAGACCUUUGCCCUUGAAUUCAAGUUUCUGCAACCCACCUUUCAUUUUUGUUGCUCUGAAUAUUACAAUUUCAAAAUUCCAAAGUGUAUUCUAGUUGAUCUAGUUAGACACUAGUCUCCGGGUAGGAAUAUGGAGAGGAAAACCUUCAUCCUGAUUCCUCUUGUUAUUUUCCUUUCCCUUCUCUAUACUUCAGAUCUGAUUCUUCCAAACCAAGGUUUUAGGAAUGCAGAAAACUUCGAGACUCAAACCAUGGAAAUGUUCGAAUCCAAUUCAAUUUCUGGAUCUGAAAUCCUAAAUUCAAAUCCAAUAAUAUCUCCAUUUACGGAGAUGGCUCCAGGUCAUGGAACUGAAAACACAGAGUUAAACGGUUCAACAGAAUCUCGUCCUAGUUCUAAUAUCUCCACCCCCAUGGAGACAACCCGUGUUGGAGAAUGUGGUUGUGAACCAGUUCCCCUGGAACCUGUAACCGAACCCUACAACAGAACAACCUGUGGACCUGGAGCCUACUCAAGGGGGUCGGGACAGAAGGUGUUCGCCUUCACGUUCUUUACAGUUAACCAGACCGAGGCAGGGCUGAAGGAGAACAAGGAGGAGGAGAGACAUUAUUUUCAAGGUAUAGAGGAGAACCUGAACCUCAUGAAUAAACUGUAUCCCGGAUACAGGAUGCGGGUUUACUAUGACGUAGAUCCGGGUACCAAGGAUAAGCUGUGUACUCUGGUUUGCUCUAGGAGAGAUCUAGAUAUCUGCGAUGCUUCUAAUAAUCCUAGGUUAGGAGACAUGAGACGGCUUUAUCCUUUGGUUUGGAGAUUCCUUCCAGCUCUAGAUCCACAGGUUGAUGAAUUCUAUUCCCGGGAUCUAGACUCCAGAUUAUCUGCGAGAGAGAAGGCGGCGGUUCAAGAGUUCCAAAACAGUGGGAAAAUGAUUCAUGUGAUGCGGGAUAAUCCUAACCAUGGAGCAAGUAUAAUGGGAGGGAUGUGGGGAGCUAAACUCAACCCGGAGCUCAGGAACGAGUUCAAGGAGUCCUUCGUUAAGAUCUUCAAGGACGGAUUGGCGUAUGCGAACAGGGAGGGUGGAGGGUGGGAUCAGAUCGUUCUCAAAAGGUAUAUUUGGCCCUGGGGUAAGAAGAAAGCGUAUGCUCAUGAUUCGUAUACAUGUAAACAGUUCUCCUAUACACAUUCAUUUCCAACCAAACGAUUACUUGGGGUUGGUAACUACGUAGGCUCGAUUGUUUCUUUAAACGCUACAGUACGGAACAAGUGCCCACGCAAAUGUCGACCAAAGGACCAUAAGGAUUGGAGUUACUGUUAGAAAUCAAAAUGUACA